CAUGCAAAAAGAUCCCUUCUUUGUUUCGCUUCGAUUCGAAACCCUAGAAGCAGCAAAAUGGGCAAAAAAUUGAAGGAGCCAGACGCCAUUAAAUCUCUCUUCAGCGACAGCAAUCCCUUUCGCCGCAAACCCGAACCCGAACCCAAACCCAAACCCCAAUCUCCGCCACCGCCACCGGCGGAGCUAGGGUUAGAAUCUUCGCCUUUCGCCAACGCCAAGAAGAGAAAACGAGAUAAGAAGCUAGAAGAAAACUCUGAACAUCCUAAACCUAUCUCGUCAACGCCCGAAUCGAUCUCAAAGAAACGAAAGAAGGUUGAGAACGGCGAGGACGUGAGCGAGGAUUUGAAGAAGAGCACAAAGAAGAGGAAGAGAGAUGAGAUUGAAGCUCAGUAUGAGAAGAGAAAGUAUGGGGAGAUUGCCGAGACUGAAGAGGUUGCCGUUGUUAAUGUUGGAGAGAAGAGGAAAGCAAAGGAUGUUGUUGCUUCGGAAUCGAAGGGGGAAGACGAGGGUUUUGAUGAUGAGAGUAAGCUUUUGAGGACGGUUUUUGUUGGGAAUUUGCCGGUGAAGAUUAAGAAGAAGGUGUUGAUGAAAGAGUUCGAGAAGUUUGGGGAGAUUGAGUCGGUGAGGAUUCGGUCGGUGCCGCUUGUGGAUAGUAAGACACCAAGAAAGGGGGCUAUAAUUAAGGGGAAGCUCAAUGAAGCUGUUGGCAGGGUGAAUGCUUACAUCGUUUUCAAUAAUGAGCAAUCUGCACAAGCUGCUUUAUCAAACAAUAUGACAGUGAUCGGAGAAAAUCACAUACGGGUAGACAUGGCAUGCCCACCUCGUAAGAAAUUGAAAGCAGAAACCCAACUCUACGAAAGAAAAAAGACUGUCUUUGUGGGCAACCUCCCCUUUGAUGUAAAGGACGAAGAGCUUUACCAACUAUUCUGUGGAUCGAACCCAUCUGAGUCUAGCGUUGAGGCUGUGCGAGUUGUUAGAGAUCCCCAGACAAGCUUGGGGAAGGGUAUCGCUUAUGUAUUAUUCAAAACAAGGGAUGCUGCGAACCAAGUUUGCAAGAGAGGAGACUUAAUGAUCCGUGAUCGAACUCUCAGGGUCUGCCACGCCAAGGCAGAUGCUACCCCAACAAAAAGAAAGGAUGCUGGUCCGAAGAGGGACUUCCCAAGAAAGAAAUUUGCAGUCUCCUGUAACGAAAGAUCAUCGGAAAAGAAUGAAAACGCCAAGCCAUCAGCGGCUUCUUUGUCAUAUCAAGGUCUCCGCGCAAGCAAAUCCGGUGUGGUGAAGAAAUCGGGAUUGCACUCACGCCCAAGCAGUGGACAUGGCAAUCAUGGAUCUAAAAGGGAGAGGGGGUUUGAUAAGCAAGAUAGCAGCAAGGGUAAAAGGCCUGCAGUUGCAGCUAGAAAGGCGAAGAUGCUGAUGAAGAAACGCAAGCUUGAGAGUGGGACUCCUGAGAGCACUCAUCGGAAUAAGAAAGUUAGAAAACACUAGGAUGGGUCAUUGCUUGUAAGUUGUGCUGUUGAUUUGUUUUAUGCUGCGGAUACACUUGUACUUGCGUCCCUCUCUGUUGAACUUGAAAUGGAAGUUCUGAUCGAUUUUGAGUUAUUUUC